GGGGCGCUGGGAGAGAGAGGGAGAGCGAGCGCCUGGUCGCGCGUCUUCUGGUCCGCGAGCGCCUCCGCCAUGUCCGCCGCCAGCUGCUGCCGCCCUCACCCGCCCCAGGGGCCGACGCUGGGCAGGGACAUCCCCGGCCCCGCCAAGCGGCUGAUCCUGCCCGACGGAGCCGCGCUGCCUCCCGGCGACUACAGCACCACGCCCGGCGGAACCCUCUUCGGGACCACGCCGGGCGGUACACGCAUUAUAUACGACCGCAAAUUUUUAAUGGAGUGUCGGAAUUCUCCAGUUGCCAAAACACCACCUUGUGACCUUCCAGACAUUCCAGGUGUUACAAGCCCAGCUGUCGAAAUCCUUGGGACCGAGACCAAUCUCAUCCACGCUGAGGAGGAGAAGCAACCAGGCUUAGGUGAGGAAGCCCAGUUUGACAUGGAUAUCUGAAAACCUGCCCCCUGAAGUAUAUAUCUAUGCAUAUAGAUAGAUACACUUUUCCAGUGAAGACGCGAAAUCGGUAAUGCUUCCGAAACAAGUGGGGCUCGUAGAAUAGCCCACGCUUUGCAAAGCUUUCCAAGAUGGAAGGUCCAUUAAUUAUUAUUACUUUUCUGGGAGGAAGAGGAGAUUUCCUGUUACAUAAGGACUGAAAACACUUGGCAGAGCCUCUCUGUGUGGUGGUGGUGGUGUGAAGGCGGCCAGUGAGGAGCAUUGGCAUGGAGAGGUGGAACGCUCUGUGCAAUUCUGGCCCUUGAGUUCCAGCGCCUUUGUUCGUGAAUGUCUGUGCUGCCAAGCAAGGCAUUGGAUGCAAGGACAGAUAUAAAAUUAUGCCAGACCUAGGGGAUUAAUACAGUGGUGGGUCACUCUUCAAAUCACAUCACUUGUCUAUGCAACGUGCUCUACAAUUGUUAUCUCAUCACUGUUCACAAGAAAUGAGAUCAACAGAUGUGGUGCACAAUUAAGUUGUUUUUGUAAAUUGACAGAACAACUUUCUGCCUUAAGCUUUUUUGCAGCACAAGCACCAGUCCAGCACUGGUAUCUUGAUAAACUUCUACAAAUAGAGUGGAAAAAGAGAGAGCCAUGCUUGUUAAAUAGGUUUUCCUGUUGUCUUAUCUGUAGCAGCUUUUCCUAGUACCAUACAAAUUAAUGGAAUGCUGAAAUAAAUUAGACAUUAUCAGCAGGUUCUGGUCAAUUUCACUCUGGUAGAAACACUUCUUUUAAAAAAUAAAUCCUGAAUAUGUUGGAGAGGGCAGGAUCACUCGCUUCAAAGAGAAGUGUAUUUUCAAAAACUAUUGAAAUGAGAAAGUAUUGCUGUGGGAAAGGGGGUAGCCUGCUAUCUUUCUUACUUUUUAAAGGGCUGCAUACACAUUCAUGGAAAUCUGUACACAUUAUUCACUGUACUUUAAAAAUAAAGAAAUAAAACUUUACAAUUGCUCUAA